AUCAACGAAACGAACCGUCUCUCUUCUCUGCUAUGGCCGCCACCAUGGAAACCCUAACAUUUACUCCCCUUCAGCUUCCGUCUACCCCCUUCCGUUUCUCAUCGACCGUUUCUGUCAACCGCUACGCCAGAUUCCCCGGAUCCGGUUCGAAGUCCAUUUCUCUUAUCGGAUCCACUUCUCGCGUCCGUACACUCAAAUGCUCUUCGCUUUCAUCAUCUCCUUCGUUAGUUGACCAGUCAGUGAAAUUUCGAGAAGCUUCGAAGAACGGGAAUUUAGUUCCUCUUUACCGAUGUAUAUUCUCGGAUCACUUGACGCCAGUGUUGGCAUAUAGAUGUCUAGUUAAGGAAGAUGAUAGGGAUGCUCCGAGCUUUCUGUUCGAGUCUGUUGAGCCUGGUUUACAGGCUUCCAGUGUUGGAAGGUAUAGUGUGGUUGGAGCUCAGCCAAGCAUUGAAAUAGUGGCUAAAGAAAAUAUGGUUACAGUUAUGAACCAUGAUGAGGAGCAGAAGACUGAGGAGAUUGUGGAUGAUCCCAUGACUGUUCCACGGAGAAUUAUGGAGGGAUGGGAGCCCCAACGGAUUGACGAGCUUCCAGAAGUAUUUUGUGGUGGAUGGGUUGGCUAUUUCUCAUAUGACACGGUGCGGUAUGUAGAGAAAAAGAAGCUUCCAUUCCCUAAUGCUCCCCUGGAUGACCGAAACCUUCCAGAUGUUCAUCUCGGCCUGUAUGAUGAUGUCAUUGUAUUUGAUCAUGUUGAGAAGAAAGCAUUUGUGAUUCAUUGGGUGCGGUUAGAUCAAUAUUCUUCAGUUGAUGAGGCCUAUAAUGAUGGCAUGAAACGAUUGGAAACUUUAAUAUCUAGAGUACAUGAUAUAAAUCCCCCAAAGCUGCCUGCAGGUUCAAUAAAGUUGUCUACUCGUCUUUUUGGCCCGAAAUUGGAGAUAUCAAGCAUGACAAGUGAUGCAUACAUGGAGGCUGUGUUGCAGUCUAAAGAACAUAUUCUGGCCGGUGAUAUUUUCCAAAUUGUAUUAAGUCAGCGCUUUCAACGUAGAACAUUUGCUGACCCAUUUGAAAUAUACAGAGCCCUGAGGAUAGUCAAUCCGAGCCCAUACAUGACAUAUUUGCAGGCUAGAGGGUGUGUAAUUGUUGCUUCCAGUCCGGAAAUUCUUACUCGCGUAAAGAAGGGAAAGAUUACUAAUCGACCUCUUGCUGGGACCAUUAGAAGAGGGAAAACACCUAAGGAAGAUUUAAUGUUGGAAAAAGAACUUUUAGCUGAUGAAAAGCAGUGUGCAGAGCACAUUAUGCUUGUUGACUUGGGAAGGAAUGAUGUUGGAAAGGUAUCCAAGCCCGGAUCUGUUAAGGUCGAAAAGUUGAUGAAUAUCGAGCGAUAUUCCCAUGUUAUGCACAUAAGUUCAACGGUCACAGGAGAAUUACUUGAUGACUUAACUAGCUGGGAUGUUUUGCGUGCAGCUUUGCCGGUCGGAACUGUUAGUGGGGCACCGAAGGUAAAAGCAAUGGAGUUGAUUGAUAAACUUGAAGUUACGAGGCGAGGACCAUAUAGUGGUGGAUUUGGAGGCAUUUCAUUCUCCGGUGACAUGGACAUUGCGCUUGCUCUGAGAACCAUUGUUUUCCCAACUGCGACUCGUUAUGACACCAUGUAUUCGUACAAAGACGUGAACAAGCGUCGAGAAUGGGUUGCUCACGUCCAAGCCGGGGCUGGGAUUGUGGCGGACAGUGUCCCUGCCGAUGAACAGAGGGAGUGUGAGAAUAAAGCUGCGGCUCUUGCCCGUGCCAUUGAUCUUGCAGAGUCGUCAUUUGUUGAUAAAUGAUUUAUAAUCUUUUCUAAACAGUGAAGUGUUAUGGAAGCGUCACUGGUUUUCUGUAUAAGAGAGCAUGGAAAUUUGGAUUUCUUGUCUUCAUUUCAUAUAUGUGAAAUACACAAAUCGAUAUAAGAAGUGGAGCGUUUUUCUUUA